CAAACAGUAUGGCGGCGGGGCACUAGUGAUGGCCAAGAUGGGGACCUUUUUACGCCAAUUAUACGCCGUUUUCAGCCUCCUGGAGUGCGUCAAUCAUCUGGUCAGCAGCGUAAAUGGCCAGAGUCAUGCGUUCAUCCAGGUGGACAAUGAACUCAAGUAUUUGGUGGACGGCGUCGCCAUACACAUGAACGAGAUAAUAAAAACUGGGGAGACGGAAAUAAGGUACGGGGACAUCGUUGACGAGAAGGGCGUCCCCUCAAAAAAUUAUAUUGUGUUCGAUCCACCACACUUAGAUUUUAAAGAACAUCCGACCGGCAUGCCCCUGAUGAGGAAGGUGGUGGUGCAGAACAGCAGUCCGGAGAGCAGCGUGCAGCUACACUCGCUGUCCGGCAACACUCUGCACUUCCACUGCACCUUCUUCCAAGACAAGGUGGUGAUGCCGGGCGGGAACACCUCCUUUGACGUGGUGUUCCUGGGCCGCGAGGAAGGCCUCAUAGAGAACACCAUCUUCAUUCACACCUCCAUCGGCACCUACAAAUAUGGGGUGAGUGGUGAUGCUGGUGGUGGUGGUGUGGGCACAGUGUUUCCCAUGAGGCCACUGGUGGGCUGGAUAUCCCUUCACUGGUAG